AUGGAUGCGGGCUCAGGACCAAUGAGCUGGUGGUUGGUGUUGUUGGCACUCAUUGUUGCCGUGGGCACCGUGGCGCUGGUGGCGUACCUUGUCAUCGUCUUCGAGGCCGAGGAGGAAAAGAACGAGGGGUGGUGGCUCAGGAUUCUUGUCGUCUUAUCGUUUUCAUGGGCUUGUUUCAACAUUCUCGUGCUGCCGUACGACGUAGCAAACGUUCGCGGCAGCGUGUACGGCCCCGGCGGGGAGAUCAACGUCACCACCAUGUGGAUCGCCAUCCUUGUCCCGAUGUCUCUCCUCGCCUUUGUUGUGUGCCCCUUCGCGAUGGUAUACCGCGAAACUAUGGAGCCUGACCAAACGAGUGUAUGGCGACCGAUAAAGUUCGCCGCCAUGGUAACUGCGGCCCUUGUGGGGGUAUUUCUUCUGCUAAUCUUUCUUUUGUGGGCGACGGUAGGGUACACCAGCAUUGCGUACGCUCAGUACGACGUGGUGGCUCCGUCAGCCAAAAGUUUUGAGGAAGUCGUGCUCUUUAGCGACACCUCGUACGCGGCAACACUGCGCUUCAAAGUGUCGCUCUUUGUUUACUUUGUCGCCCUCACAUGCACCAUCGGCUGGAUGCUCUUUUUUUUAUUUGGCGGCGUCGGACUGGUGGCGAUGCCGGUGGAUUGCUUCAUGCGGUUCCGGGACCGUCCAAGGCCUAUUACCGCCGCCGAGUACGCGCUUCGCCGGGCCGAGAUAGCGCAGGAGUCGCAGCGCCUCAUGUGUGACGGAAACAAGCUCGAGCAGGACGAAAGCGCGGGGCAUUCUGGCAGAAGACACCGAAGGAAGGUAUUCGCCUUCAGGCAGCGCGUGGCGGAGUUGGAGGCGUAUCACGACAAGGUUGAGACCUCCUACCGCGAGAAGGGCGGUGAAGUAGUUAGAGGCUACCUUUUUCUUUUCUUGGGCCUCGUGUUUGCCUCCAUCUCUAUUCUGUGGAUUUUGCAGGUGAUCAUUCACAACUUGACCCACCUUUACCCGCUACUGAGCAACAUGUUUAUUCGUAUGGACAGGACGUUUAUGCUAUUUGGGGUUCUGGCGUAUGGCUGCUUCUCGUUUUACCUCCUUUCCUGCGUUGUGAAGGGGUGCGUCAAGCUUGGCGGCAAUCUUUUGCUGUUUCAAAUCUACCCCAUGGAACUUGGCGGCACGCUGAUGAACGCCUUCCUCUUCAACGCCAUGCUAGUCAUGAUCACCUCUACGGCUGUUGUGCAGUUUUGCACCGUCAGUUUUGCCGAGUACGCCGUUAACACGAACGUUGGCGCGAUGUUCACGGUUUACGUGGCAAAUCUGCAGGGCAUAAAGUAUAUUCUGACGUACUUGCAAUACCCGUUGCUCGUGAUUGCGGGUGUGUCCCUCGUGUGGCUCCUCCUCUGCCCCAAGCGGCGCGUUGACGAUGAGUAA